AUGAGUUCUAUAGCUGAUGAGAUCCAGCGGAUCUCUGAUGACGCUGAUAAGUGUAUUAAUUAUGCUAUUGGAGAUAAACUUGCGGCAUUUAUGAGACUGCAAGACGAGCAGAAUUCCACAAAUUUCGUACUUUCGGGCGUUUUAAUUUAUGCAGCGGCAAAAAUAUUUGGCAGGAAGGUCGAUUGCCUUGAACAGGAGAUAAUUGGAGUGGCUAAAAACUUUGAACGUGUCGAGGCAGAAACCAGUAAUAACAAGGAUAAGGAACCGAAGGAAGCAACCAAAAAGACACGUACUAAGAAGUAUACAAUUAAGGACGGAGUUAAUAUAGAUAAGAUUUUAUUUGAAGAGAAAGACAUAAUAAUAGCAGUUAAAGAUGACAUCAAUAAGGAACUAGCUAUGCCUUGCAAAAUAUCUAGGCUGCAAAAAAUGAAGGACUUUUUCGCAAGGAAUAAGGAGAAAUCGGGUAAAAUUGCGAUUCCAAAAAGUAUGCUGCUUACAAAUGAAGUAGCAGUGACGAAUUUUGGCAGUACACAGAUCCAUGAUUAUGAUGACUACAAAGAUAUUGUUGGAAGUAGGCGGGAUUUCACAUCAUUUUCAUUUUACAUCAACAGCUGCACGGGAGAGCUUCAAAAUGAUUUGAAUUUCUCAAAACAAGCCAAAACCAACGAUUAUCUCGUCAUUGAUAAUGAACAUCAGUCACAACUGGAUGUUGUGGCUAGUCCAGUUAACGAUAACGCAAUAAUUAUUCAUAGCAAUGAUGAUGCUUUAAUACACAGCAAUGAAACUAUAAUUAAUGAUGAAAAUGAUCUAGUUAAUGAUGAUUGCAACGAAAUUAAUGAUUUUACGCCUCCCUCGACCCCAAAUCUACCUCUAUCAGGAAAAGCUACACCAAUUAAUUUAAAUUUAGAUGAAGGCAUAGAAAUGGACAUCGAUCAGUCAAGUUUGUUGCUUCCAAUGCAGCCAAUUAUCAAAAUAAAUGACAUAAUGAGGCAAAGUCCAAGUCUAUUCUCAAAUAUGAAUGUAAAUGACUUUGUAGUCAUGAAUUUCAGAACAUCCUUACUAACAGUGCUUGACAAGAUUAAAAACAAUACUAGUGACUUUAUGUUACCUGACAAAAUUAAAGCAGAAGUUGGAGAAAACCGAAUGAAAAAUAUUUUUAUGAUUCCAAUCAAAAGGCUCAAGCAUAAAUGCCAGUUUGACUUGCCCGACAGUGAAUUUAGAGAAUUAAAACGAAGGAAAUUGGAUCAGCAUAAAUCAACAGUUGUAGACCAGCCACAGAAUCGACAAAGUCGAAUAUUUAAAAUUUUAGAUUUAUUAAAGAAUUGUAAUUUACCAAACCUUGAUAGCUCAAUUGAAUUAGAAGAUGAAUAUGAAGACACGCCAUUCUUAGGCUUUACAAAAGAUGAACAAAAUGAAUCUCGAUUCCUAAUACCGACAUACAAUAGUAAAAACACUAAAGCAACAAUUAAUUCCCACCAAACCACAAUAGACGAUAGUUUAAUUAAUGAAAAUCCACAAAUCCUACUCAGAAAAGUAUCAAAUGAUUCAGGAUAUACUAGCGAAUGCAUAAAUUCAUCUAAUGAAAUUGAGGAUUCAACAUUUAAUAACGACAGCGAUGAAAUAUCAAGUAGACUUAAUAGUAUCGAUGAAGAGAAUAAAAGUGCACAGAAAAAUUUAAACAUAAGCGGAACAGAUUCGUGUUAUCAGUCACUCGUGUCAGGUCAGUCUGGAAGUGACGAAAAUUCUACGAUUAAUGUUAAUGCGUCGUCAUUUAUUGACGAUUAUAAAGUUGGAAAUAGUACAGAAAAUGAAUUAGAAUUAAGUAAUGAUAAGGAACAGGAGCUAACAUCGUUAGAAUCGGAAGAGAGGAUACAACUGAUGAGGCAGUCGGCGAUUAAUGUAGCAAAAUGGAAAGAAUUUCUUAAACCCAUUCUCGCAAAUUCAGAGAAACGAAGUAAGAUAGACAUGCACGAGUAUGGACUCAAAGUAAUCCACAAAAUAGGAGAUGUGAAUGAUUCGAAGACUUUGAGGGAAAUUGCGGAACCUGAACAGAUGCCUGCUUAUUUCUUUACGAUGCUGCAACUUACAAAUAACCGCAACAUAGACAUAACAUUCAGCGACAAAUCAAUUCGUGAGCCAACAGCCUUAGAAAACAUAAAAUUAACACUAAAAUCAAAAACCGUUCAUAAAGAGAAAUUCGACCAAAUGGGUCAACAAUUCGAAGCUGAGGAGCUGAAAAAGGUUACGGCAAAAAGAAAAGGAAAUUUGAAAAUUCAGACAUCAACACCUGCAAAGCGAUCACUCAUAUCAAACGAAUCGGUGAACUUUACCACUCCAAAUUCAAGUCAAAGUAUUAUUGACAAUACAGAUAACAGCAUGCAAAUAUUGUCACAAGCAUCGUCCGGUUACUUCUCACAGAAUUCAACAUAUUCCGAUUUCUAA